CUCUGCCCCACUCUACUGUCACUUCAGCAUCUCGAGGUCUGAGCAGUCAGGGGUCCACACAGCUGUGAAAUUAUGGCACCAGCAAAAAAGGGCAUCCUUGAACGUCUCAAUGCUGGUGAUGUGGUGAUUGGUGAUGGAGGAUUUGUGUUUGCUCUGGAGAAGAGGGGGUACGUAAAGGCCGGACCAUGGACGCCUGAAGCUUCUGUACAGUACCCUGAUGCAGUGCGACAGCUGCACAGGGAGUUCCUGAGAGCCGGGUCCAACGUUAUGCAGACCUUUACAUUCUACGCCAGUGAUGACAAACUUGAGAACAGAGGCAACAACCUCAAACUGACUGGAGCUCAGAUCAAUGAGGCUGCCUGUGAUUUAGCCCGUGAGGUUGCCAAUGAGGGUGAUGCUCUUGUUGCUGGAGGAGUGUCCCAAACUCCAUCUUACCUGAGCUGCAAGAGCAAGGCAGAUGUGAAGGCCAUCUUCAGAAAACAGUUGGAUGUGUUCAUCAAGAAAAAUGUGGACUUCCUGAUUGCUGAGUACUUUGAGCAUGUUGAAGAGGCCGUGUGGGCUGUGGAGGUGAUGAAGGAGACAGGGAAGCCUGUGGCUGCUUCUCUGUGUAUUGGACCAAAGGGGGACAUGCACGGUGUCUCACCCGGAGAGUGUGCAGUCAGGCUGGUCAAAGCCGGUGCCCAGAUUGUGGGAGUCAACUGUCACUUUGACCCCAUGACCUGUGUGGAGACCGUGAAGCAGAUGAAGGAGGGAGUGGAGAAGGCUGGUCUGAAGGCUCACUACAUGGUUCAGCCGCUGGCAUACCACACUCCUGACUGCAACUGCCAGGGAUUUAUCGACCUGCCAGAGUUCCCCUUCGGCCUGGAGCCCAGGAUUCUGACUCGCUGGGACAUGCACAAGUAUGCCAGAGAAGCUUACAAUGCUGGCAUUCGCUUCAUCGGUGGCUGCUGUGGCUUUGAGGCUUAUCACAUUAGGGCUAUAGCAGAGGAACUGGCACCUGAGAGAGGCUUCCUUCCAAGUGCAUCAGAGAAACAUGGCUCCUGGGGUGCUGGUCUGGAAAUGCACACCAAGCCUUGGGUUAGAGCCAGAGCCCGACGUGAUUACUGGGAGAACCUGAAGCCAGCCUCCGGUCGUCCCCAGUGUCCCUCCAUGUCUGUCCCUGAUUCUUGGGGUGUUACCAAGGGCCAUGCUGAUCUGAUGCAGCAGAAAGAGGCAACCUCUAAAGAAGAACUCGAACAGCUGUUCGACAAAUCAAAAACCCACUGAGUCAGUCUGUUUCAGACUCAGCAGCCGACAGCUGUGUACAGAGCUACUGAUGUGCAGCAGUCCAUAGUAUCUAUAUACAGUGCUUCAUCUAACAAACAUAGUGUCAGUUGUCAUGACAUUAGCACUGUUAUGUGUAUCUUUAGACUGUAAAACUGGGGCCACAGCGUCUCAAAAGUGGGAGCUGACCCAGUAAACCCAGUAAAAGUGACCAGUUUGGUUUCUCCGACCCUGGACCACUUAGUUUAAUAUCUAAUAAAAAAGAUAAAAUACAAA